UCAUAAUGUUGGUAAACCAUAUCCAGUUCCUUUUGAAGAAUAUUAUGAGAAUAAAGGGCUUGAUUUUCUUGCUUUUGGAGAUUGGGGAGAACAAAGACGUGAGUCAAGACAAUUUCAAGUAGCCGAAGCUUUACAAGCCUGGGCUAAUGAAAAUACAUUAUUUAUAGUUAAUGUUGGUGAUGACAUGAAACGCAAUCUCUUAGCCCUCAAUCUAAAUCAUAAAUCAAAAGUAAAAAAUCGAUUAAAAUGGAUAGAAGAUCAACUGAUUGCCGCUCAGGACGCAGAUUGGAUUUUCGUU